CUGUUACUCAGGCUUGUCAAGUUCAAAGAGUUUCCUGCCCCUGGGAAUUUCUGCCUGUGCAAAGUCAUCCUCAGCAUCCUCUCUUGGAGCGCCUCCUGGAGAACCAUACUAAAUGGAUGCUUCAAAAGUCAGAGUUGGAGUUGAAGAGGUCCUGCAACUUGGUGAAGAAAUGAAGACAAGAGACCUUUCGGUGAAUUUUAAUAAAAGGUUUCCUUUGCCUGAUCUGUAAACAUGUCCACAGACCUGCUCUGGUGUGAGGAUUGCGGUAAAAGCCUUAUAGGAGAAUGCAAACUCCACGGACCACUCAUCAGGGCUAAAGAUAGGGUUAUUCCCAGCCGAGCCCGUCUCACCCUACCUCACUACCUCACUUUGCGAGUGUUGGAGCUGAGAGCUGGAAACCAACAGAUCCUUGGUGUAUUUGCAAAGAAAGUAAUACAGAAGAGAACACAGUUUGGUCCUUAUGUUGGUCAACUGUCUACAAAACUGACCUGCUAUGAUGAGAGCAGACUAGUCCUGCAGGUAUUGAAAGAUGGAGGGAAGUACUUUCUGGACACUCCCAAUGAGGACUGUGGAAACUGGAUGAUGUUUGUCCGGCUAGCCCGGAACCAAGAAGAACAGACCCUUGUGGCUUAUCAGCACUGUGGAGAAGUUUACUUCACAACAGUUAAGCCAAUUGAACCCCACACAGAAUUAAAAGUAUGGUAUGCUGCCGAUUAUGCCAAAUUUAUGGAAGCUUCUGCAGUCUUCAUUAAAGAAGAAUCAGAUGUGUCUCCUUUGCCUUCAGUAGCAAAAGAGCCCGUAGACCCUUGGAUAUGCUCCAGCUGUGGAAGCACUUUUGCAACUUUUGCUCUGCUGGAAUCUCACCAGUGCAUCCAUAAAGACCGAGUGCUUCCUACAAGGUUCAGACCACCAAAUAAAUUGGGACCUGUAAAAGCAAAAAACAAACUCAAAGGGAAACUGAGAGGAGCAUCAUUAGGCAAAAGCAUUACUCAAUGCUUUGGGACCAUUUCCUGUUCCUCUGCUGCAAAGUUCAGCUGUGCCAGCUCAGGAAGCACUUGUGGUGCUCUCGUAAGGUUUAUACCUAAAUGGAGAAAUGGUCGGUCUUCACUGCUGAAGGGAAAAGAAGUGAAGCAGCCAGAUAGUUAUCCCUGCCGACUCUGUGGGAAGAUAUUUGAUUCCAUUGACAAGCUCACAGUCCACACUUAUGCGCACAAAGGGGAGCGUCCCUACAAGUGUUCACAGCACGGAUGCACAAAAGCCUUCAUUUCCAAAUAUAAACUGCUCAGGCACUCGGCCACUCAUUCUCCACAGAAAUCUCACCAGUGUGGCUACUGUGAAAAGACCUUUCACAGGAAAGACCAUCUAAAGAAUCACCUUCAGACUCAUGACCCCAACAAGAUGGCCUUCAAGUGUGAAGAGUGUGGCAAGAAGUACAACACCAAGCUAGGCUAUAAGAGACACUUGGCUCUUCAUGCUGCCACCAGCGGGGACCUCACCUGUAGGGUGUGUGCCCAAGAGUUUGGUGGUACUGAGGUUCUGUUGGAACACCUCAAAAGUCAUGCAGGGAAGCCUACUGGCAACAUGAAGGAAAAGAAACAUAAGUGUGACCACUGUGAGCGUCACUUCUAUACCCGUAAAGAUGUGCGACGUCACAUGGUGGUUCACACAGGCUGCAAAGACUUCCUGUGCCAGUUCUGUGCCCAAAGGUUUGGGCGGAAGGACCACUUGACACGCCAUACUAGGAAGACUCAUCCACAGGAACUGCUGAAGAGCAGGUUGCAGAAUGGUGACUCAGUGGGUCUUCUUGACCAGCUCUUUUCAUACAGACUGAAGGAAGAUGCCAACAUGCUGUCCCCUCUUCCUGAAAGGGUCCCUGUGCCAAAUGGGAUUGUGAAUAGUUCAGAAACAGAGGAAUACAACUGUUCACAUCUUCAUUCCCAGUCAAGCUUACAAACUGCUCUUCCUCUUGAGUCUUCUCCUCACUUGCAAAGGAUGGGCUGUGCAGACAGCCUCCCGGCUGUCCCUCCCACACCAUGUUCAGCAGCUGUCCCUAUCAACCUGAACCUUCAUCAGCCUAACAAAUAUGACCUUAGUUCUACCUCAUUUGCUGCAGGAUCCCUCAAGAAUCUACCGAUAAAAGUGGAUGUUAAAGGUUACAAUGUGCAUCUUCUCGAGGACCUGCCCUUACCAGAACCUCAGUCUCUCCACAAAAUCAGUAUGGAAGAAACUUCCUCAGGGCCUAUAGGGGAUACUAACAAGUACCCAGUGCACAAAGAGACAGAGGCAGCAGCUGAAACUGCAAGCCUGCCUUUCAUGGAUCUCACUCAUGUGAUGGGUUUCUGGCAACUCCCACCAGGUGACAACCAGAACACUAUUGGGGACAUCACAAUGGCAUUUGGCUCAGAGGAACCAUCACACAGGCUGAAUGGCCUUUGCCAACAGCAAGGUUUUCAGCUAGCAACUGGUGGGAUGGCCAUAAACCAGCUGCAUCAUGUUCCUCGCUCCUUUCCAUCCACUACAAGUUCUGUAACAUUGCCUCACUUUCACCAUGCCUUCAAGUAACAAUCAUCCUGUAUUCUUGACAUCAUAAAUGUAGCAGAAGCUGAUGAUGUCCCAUGACAAAGAAAGGCAAGUUAUUUUAAAAAGUUAUAUUGUCAAAAAAAAUUGUUUUGUUUUAAAAUUCUUGCAACUCAAGAGAUGUGAGAUACCCCUGAGUCAUCUAAUACCGUAAGUGGGACUGGACUUUCUGAGCGUGUUUGUUAGAGAGACCUCUGUGAGCAUUUCUCAGAGGCCAUCAGUAGCUGAGGCUCAGGCUGCAGGACACCUCUCUGGUGGCACUGCCAUUGGCUCAUGCAGGGCUGUGACAGCACCAGUGUGGGGAGAGGCAGCCCCACAUCCACUGUGGGUAUGGUGGAGGAAGGCAGCAGCCCAAGCACUGACCGCUCCUUCUCUCUGGCACACUGUUCCUCCUCCUAAUGGUAGAAGUGGAGGUAAGGGCAGAGAAGUGUCCUUACCUGGAGAAGGUAGGAUAGGCCAUGGCACAGCAGGUAAGAGAUUUGGGAUAUCUUAGGAUAUUUUACCUCACAUUCAAAUUUCAAAUAGAUAUAAAAAUACUCUUUUAUCUGAACUCUGCUUGAAAACCUGUAGAAGCAGAGCAGUAUGUGGUAAAUAAACACAAUUACUAUAAUCAAAUCAUACUGUAAAAGAACAAGAUUUAGUAAACAUUUGGCCUCAUAAAAUAAAGUAUUUUUUUAUGAAAUAAUAAAAAAAACUUGAACCUGCUGAAAUAAUGUCAAGAAGCUAAAAUUGCACUACAUGGAAGAAAAGACUGCAUCCUCUAUGUAAACACAAGUAGAUCUAUUGCUAAGUUCCCAUUCUCUAUCAGAAACCAAGCUAAUUUAUUCUUCCUUCAAUUUUAUUUAUCAGCUUCUCCUGUUGGAACUUUCCAUUUUCUUAGUCAAUGGGUUGCUGUUAGUUUCAGAGAGUUUUUCAUAGCCAGUCUGAACUGGGGUGGUACAUUCCAUAUAUUAAUGAUUGGUUCAUUUCUAGUGGAAUGUUUAAAAUGCUUUUCCUCAAUACACCAUUCCUGCCUUUAUAUAUAUAUAUAUAUAUUUUUUUUUUUUUUUUUUUUUUUGGAAGAUACUGGAAACUAAGGAAAUCCUACACUUCUAUACACAGACAGAAAACACCGGGGACACAUACACAACAACAAUUACAGUAAAACUUGCUCUAAAUUUGAGGAUUCAUUUAUUGGGUUUGUUAAAGAAAGCAGCUGUGGUAACAUUGCACAGUAUAGUUUGGAAUGGGUUUGGGAUUUUUUCCCUCUUCUCCUGGACUGAAAGAAAGGCUAAGCAGCACUGCUUUAAUAUACUGGGGCUACUGUGAUGCCUGCUUUUUCUAGCUUUAGGAGUUACAGUUGCUUCAGUGUCAUCCUUUCUGUAUCCAUCUAAUCAUUAUUAGCUAGAGUCUAAGUAGUUUAAUUAAACUGUUUAAAAUAUUGUAUUUAUUACUGCUGUGUCCAAUUACUUUUCAUCUUCAUUUACUUGAUGAGCAUUUAAUAGGUAAGAAAAUUCCCUAUGGAUUUUACUGAAAAUUAUUGGGCUAAAAAGCCCCUACUUGUCACGUCACUGAAAGUUUAUGGAAGGUGAUCCAAGUUUGAGAGUGGAUCAAGUGACCAAAAAAAUAAGAAGGGCUAUACCUCUACGUUUCUGUCUUGUUGAUCAAUUUUUAAAAGCAAUAAAAGUGUUUCAUGCAAGAAU